UCGUUCGCUUUACGAAUGAUAUAAAAGUCAGGCUCUGCCUAGUUUCGGGCACAGUCUCGUUCGAGUAAUCGUCUCUCGCACACACUAUCGGUGUGCGCACGUGUAAAUCGAAACCACUAAACCAAAUCAAGCAAGAUGACCGGUCGCGGUAAGGGAGGAAAGGGUCUGGGAAAAGGAGGCGCCAAGCGCCACAGGAAGGUGCUCCGUGACAACAUCCAGGGUAUCACCAAGCCCGCCAUCCGUCGUCUCGCUCGCAGAGGUGGCGUGAAACGUAUCUCCGGUCUGAUCUACGAGGAGACGCGUGGUGUGCUGAAGGUGUUCCUCGAGAACGUGAUCCGUGACGCCGUCACUUACACGGAGCACGCCAAGAGGAAGACCGUCACCGCCAUGGACGUCGUCUACGCUCUGAAGCGUCAAGGUCGCACCCUGUACGUUGUUUUACGUUUACGUACAAUGGCCCGUACCAAGCAGACCGCUCGUAAGUCGACCGGUGGUAAAGCCCCGAGGAAGCAGCUGGCCACCAAGGCCGCUCGCAAGAGUGCGCCCGCCACCGGUGGCGUCAAGAAACCCCAUCGCUACAGGCCCGGUACCGUGGCCCUCCGUGAGAUUCGUCGUUACCAGAAGAGCACUGAGCUCUUGAUCCGCAAGUUGCCGUUCCAGCGUCUCGUGCGUGAAAUCGCUCAGGAUUUCAAGACCGAUCUGCGUUUCCAGAGCUCCGCCGUCAUGGCGCUCCAGGAGGCCAGCGAGGCUUACCUGGUGGGCCUCUUCGAGGACACCAACCUGUGCGCGAUUCACGCCAAGCGCAUGACCGGUCGCGGUAAGGGAGGAAAGGGUCUGGGAAAAGGAGGCGCCAAGCGCCACAGGAAGGUGCUCCGUGACAACAUCCAGGGUAUCACCAAGCCCGCCAUCCGUCGUCUCGCUCGCAGAGGUGGCGUGAAACGUAUCUCCGGUCUGAUCUACGAGGAGACGCGUGGUGUGCUGAAGGUGUUCCUCGAGAACGUGAUCCGUGACGCCGUCACUUACACGGAGCACGCCAAGAGGAAGACCGUCACCGCCAUGGACGUCGUCUACGCUCUGAAGCGUCAAGGUCGCACCCUGUACGGUUUCGGUGGUUAAACCAACCGCUGCUGCUGAAUCGUCGUCGUGUGGCGCAUCAUCAUCGCCGCGCUGCUUGUUGUUGGCGCAACUACGACGCUACGAGGAUGAUCGCAAAACGAUCACAAAUACACAAAAGGCCCUUUUCAGGGCCGCACAAAUUUCGUUAAUUAUAAUGACUGUUUCUAUCGAAGACUUUAC